AUGAGGCUGCUGGAGAGGAUGAGGAAAGAAUGGUUCAUGGUUGGAAUAGUGCUGGCGAUCGCCGGGGCGAAGCUGGAGCCGUCCAUCGGGGUGGACGGGGGACCACUGAAGCCAGAAAUAACUGUCUCCUACAUUGCUGUUGCAACAAUAUUCUUUAACAGUGGAUUAUCAUUAAAAACAGAGGAGCUGACCAGUGCUUUAGUGCAUAUACGACUGCAUCUUUUCAUUCAGAUCUUUACGCUUGCAUUCUUCCCAGCAGCAAUGUGGCUUUUUCUUCAGCUUUUAUCAAUCACACCAAUCAAUGAAUGGCUUUUAAAAGGUUUGCAGACUGUGGGUUGCAUGCCUCCCCCUGUGUCUUCUGCAGUGAUUUUGACCAAGGCAGUCGGUGGAAAUGAGGCAGCAGCAAUAUUUAAUUCAGCCUUUGGAAGUUUUCUGGGCAUUGUUAUAACACCCCUGCUACUGCUGCUUUUUCUCGGCUCAUCCUCUUCGGUGCCUUUUACAUCUAUUUUUUCUCAGCUUUCUGUGACGGUCGUGGUUCCUCUCAUUAUUGGACAGAUCGUCCGAAGGUACAUCAAGGACUGGCUUGAAAGAACGAAGCCUCCUUUCGGUGCUAUCAGCAGCAGUGUGCUCCUCAUGAUCAUCUACACCACCUUCUGCGGCACGUUCUCCAACCCCAACAUUGACCUGGAUAAGUUCAGCCUGGUGGUCAUACUGUUCAUAAUAUUUUCUAUUCAGCUGGGUUUUAUGCUUCUCACCUUCAUCUUUUCAACAAGGAAUAAUUCGGGUUUCACACCAGCAGACACUGUGGCUAUCAUUUUCUGUUCUACACACAAAUCCCUCACUUUGGGAAUCCCCAUGCUGAAGAUCGUGUUCGCAGGCCACGAGCACCUCUCCCUGAUCUCCGUCCCUCUGCUCAUCUACCACCCGGUGCAGAUCCUCCUGGGCAGCGUGCUGGUGCCCACGAUAAAGUCCUGGAUGGUGUCGCGGCAGAAGGGAGUGAAGCUGACGAGGCCGGACGUAUAG